AUGUCUUCUGCAAUUGACAAUCUUUUCGGUAAAGUUGACGAGAAAAAAAUUGAAUCUGCCGUAGAUAAACUAUUCAGUUCAUCCUGUGGUCCUAUCAAUAAAUUGGAAGUUAAGAGUAAAACCCGUACCGUUCUUCCUGACUCAAAGAAAAGGGAAAGAGCAACUGAAGUUGAACAAGAGAAACAAGAAGCAAAGGAGGCUGAUAUCGUAAGGGAAAAAACUGAAGAGGUUGCACUUCCAAAAUUAAAAAAGGCCAAAAAAGUUAAAAGGGAUGACGAAAAUGAAAAUUUAGAGGCCCACUAUUACGCCAAACUAUUGAAAGAAGGGCCCGAGGGGGAUGACGGUAAGUCAGAAGCAACAAGAAAGGCUGAUGGACCCUCAUCAUCUACCACAUCGGCAGCAAAAAAAGUGGAUUUUAAGGAAGAUGAAUUAGAAAAGGCGGAAAGAACCGUUUUCAUUGGUAACAUAUUGAGUACUGUAAUUACGUCUAAAAAGGUCUAUAAAGAAUUUAAAAAGCUUUUUGGUACAAACCCAGUGACAAAAACCGAAGAAUCUGACAAUGAUGAAGAAAAAGAAGAUGCCAAGAAGGAUAAUUCUAAUGCAUUUGCCAUUGAAAGCAUAAGAUUCAGAUCCAUUUCCUUUGAUGAGGCUCUCCCCAGAAAGGUUGCGUUUGUUCAACAAAAGUUCCACAAAUCAAGGGAUACCGUGAACGCUUACGUCGUCUAUAAGAACAGGUCCGCGGUAAGACAGAUUUGCUCGAACUUGAACGCUACCGUUUUCCAAAAUCAUCAUUUGAGAGUUGAUGCAGUUGCUCAUCCAGCUCCACACGACAAGAAGCGCUCUAUCUUCGUGGGUAACUUAGAUUUUGAAGAGAUUGAAGAAAGUCUUUGGAAACAUUUUGAAUCAUGCGGUGGUAUUGAAUACGUUCGUAUUGUUAGGGACUCAAAAACAAAUAUGGGCAAAGGAUUCGCUUAUGUUCAAUUCAAAGAUUUGGAAAGUGUCAACAAGGCUCUUUUAUUGAACGAAAAACCUAUGAAGUCUCAAAAACAAGAAGACGAAGAAUCUAAGAAGCCAGCCAAAAAGGCAAGAAAAUUGCGUGUCUCCAGGUGCAAAAAUAUGAAGAAGGGUACCACUGCAGGAACCGGCUCGGAUAGAAGUAGUUUGACGGACUCACAAAGAACCAAAGCUGGUAGGGCGAAGAAAGUUUUAGGUAAGGCCGAUAGAGCCACUUUGGGCCAAGAAAUAACUAUCGAAGGUUUGAGAGCAAAGAAAGGUGAAGGUUCUACUCAUUUGAAGAAAAGAAAACAAAGAUCGGCUACAGGCAGAGUGACGAAGAGAUCGAUAGCAUUCAAGAAGGCUCAAGCUGAAAAGGUGAAGAAAUAA